GUCGACAAGUUAAGAUUCCCGACGAAACAGGCAACCCAACUAAAGAACGAGGUGUCCAUUCUGCAGGAAUUACAUCAUCAAGGAGUGGUUAACUUGUAUCACUUUUUCGAAACACCUGAAAAGAUCUUUGUGGUGAUGGAGAAAUUAAAAGGUGAUAUGUUGGAGUUGAUUUUAUCCAGCACAAAGGGAAGAUUGACAGAAAGAUGUACAAAAUUCUUAAUAUUCCAGAUUUUAAUAGCUUUAAAGCAUUUGCAUUCGAGAAACAUCGUCCAUUGCGAUUUGAAACCAGAGAAUGUUCUCUUAUCACAGAAUUGUUCUGAUUGCGGGUUUCCGCAGAUUAAACUGUGCGACUUCGGCUUCGCCCGUAUCAUUGGCGAGAAAUCAUUUCGUCGCUCGGUCGUCGGAACACCCGCUUAUCUCGCGCCUGAAGUGUUACGUAACAGAGGAUAUAAUAGAUCCAUUGAUAUGUGGUCCGUUGGAGUCAUUAUUUAUGUUAGUCUUAGUGGAACAUUUCCAUUCAACGAGGAAGAAGAAAUCGCCGAUCAAAUUAAGAAUGCUGCGUUCAUGUAUCCGUCAGAUCCGUGGCAAGAAGUUUCCAAAGAAGGCAUCGAUCUCAUCAAUAGACUUCUUCAAGUUGACAAGCGGUACCGACUGUCGUGUGACAAAUCACUUGGUCAUCAUUGGUUGCAGGAGUACCAAACAUGGCUCGAUUUACGAAGUCUUGAAGGGAUCGUCGGUGAACGAUAUCUUACACACGAGAGUGAUGAUGAACGUAUGGAGGCACAUCGCUUACGACUUGAAACUCCUCGAGCAAACAAUCAUUACCAAAACUCUAUGACUGGAGCCCAGUCUCCAAAGGGAAAACUCCAAACGGCCAUGAGCUAUGUAUAACUCAAGGAGACCCCAUUUCAAAAUUGAGCAAUCGAACUUUUGGCCUCAACAAGGCCGAAGCAGGGGGUUUCUUGCUCAUAAAUCACCUCUUAUAAACCUCAUUGCUAAUGAUCAGUUUUAUCAUAGUUUUACCUCAAAAUCCAGCAGCGCAAAUACUUAUCUAAGAAAUCUCAAAUUCUCAUAUUUUAGCACUAGAAACGCUUAAUGUAUGGUUAUGGGUAUGCGUCUUCACUGAAUUAAGGGCAAGGAGAUGGUAUGAUGUUCAGUGAAGGCAUUUGCAGUUCAAAGCAUAUUGCAAAAAUCUUUCCUUUUGUAAAAAGGAAUGGUGCAGUGGAUACAUUAUGCGUUUCUAGUAACGAUCAAUCGUUAAGACUUGUACAUUUUCAAGAUUUCAAGAUGUUGCUAUUUUUCCUGUCUUCUACCAUCCUAAUUAGUAGGGUAUGCUCAACCCCCACCCAAUUUUAAUAGUUGUCUUGAUCCUAAAUCUAUCUUGGGCAAUAAAUCUUGUAUUAUCAAAUAUAUAUCAAAGCAAGGAUUUACAAGAAAAAAGCAAUCCUGUCUAGGUUAUAUUGCAUUUGAAAGGAUUAUUAAGACAGAACAUAUUUUAAGAUGCAUAAUAUUACAGAAUAAAGGCCAUUUUUUAUUGUAUCAUAAUUAUUACCCUGCACAGAAUGUAAAUUUUACACAAUUUCAUAAAUA